AUGUCUGAGAAAGCGGGUGGCGUGCCGGCACAUCUUGUGAGCGGGUUCUUUGGUGGGCUGGCGUCUGUGUGUGCGCUGCAGCCGCUGGACCUGCUCAAGACCAGGCUCCAGCAGGCCCAGGCGAGCUCGCUGCGCAGCGUCCUGCGCGAGGUGCGGACGACACGCGAGCUCUGGCGGGGCACGCUGCCGUCCGCGCUGCGCACAUCGAUUGGUAGCGCGCUAUACCUGUCGCUGCUGAACUACAGCCGCAGCGCCCUGGCCCGCGGGUCGGAGGCGCGCACUCGUAGCAGCCUGCUGCCGCGGCUGCAGUCGUAUCAGAACCUAUUGACGGGUGCGCUGUCACGGGCAGCCGUGGGGCUCGUGACGAUGCCGAUCACCGUCAUCAAGGUGCGGUACGAGUCGACACUGUAUGCAUACAAUGGGCUGGCGGAGGCCACGCGCCACAUAUGGCGCUCCGAGGGCGCGCGCGGGUUCUUCAAGGGCGCUGCCGCUACGACACUACGCGACGCGCCAUACGCGGGCCUGUACGUUCUGCUUUACGAGCAGGCCAAGGAGAUGCUCCCGCGAGCACUGCCCGCGACACUACUGGGAGCGGAUGAAAGCGGCAAAUUGACUGCCCCAGCGUCCGCGAUGGUCAACGGCGUGAGCGCAUUCCUUUCUGCGAGCCUGGCGACCACGCUGACGGCUCCGUUCGACACCAUCAAGACGCGCAUGCAGCUGCAGAGCCACCCCGUGGGGUUUGUGCAGACGCUGCGACACAUAGUGUGCGAGGAGCGUGCACGCACGCUCUUCGACGGCCUAAGUCUGCGCCUGUGUCGCAAGGCCAUGAGCGCGUGUAUCGCGUGGGGUAUUUACGAGGAGCUGCUCAAGCUGCUCCAUUGA